UCUACUGCAUUUGUUAUACACAGGUAUAAGGACACCACAAUAGGAGUGGUGCUUAUAGACUUGUCUUGCCUGUACAUAGGAGCUGUAAAAUAUUAGUAGUUUCAAUUCUUUGGGAACAAGAUAACACUAUUAUUUACAACUAUAUAUUUAGACUUAUUUAGUGCAGUUAUAAGCUACAAUGCAUGGAAAUCCUGCUUUUCGUGGCGGUUUCAGUGGUAAUGCUACUUGUGGUGGCGAUUCCAGUAAAAAAUGUGGUGGUCGUGGCAGUUGCAGUGGUAACAAGAGAGACGGUGCUAGAUGUUGGGGACGCGUUUGCCCUAUUCUAAAAUUCAUAGUGUGUUUAAAUCCCACCAUGUCAAAGAUGCACAAAGUCCUCGUUCUUUGGGUCUGGAUUGUCCUACUUGCUCUGUUGAUAGGACUUCCUAUUAGAUAUUCUGCAUAUGGCCCUGAAAUGAUAUCCUCCUCGCCAGGGGAUAUGAGGCAUAUCCAAAAUAGAUUCAACAGCUUUAUGUGUACAGGACUUGAGAUAACAAACAAAGAAAGUGAAACGGUUGAUGUGUACACAACACCAGAUGCGCCAUCUAUUGAUAAAAAUGAAACAUUGGAACAAACUGUCCAAACAGCGAGCACCAUUUAUGAUAGAAGAUUUGAAUACUGGGGCUAUCACUUAAUAGCUGGAUCUGAAGUCACAAUCACGACAACAGUCAAUGCACAUGUUGAAUUCUACAUGGCAAAAGGAAUAUCUCGUCGUAUAAUGUGGCAAAAUAGAUUUAGACAUUGCAUGGAUAAUUGUAAUCAACUCCAAAAACGUGCUGAUUAUACCGCCAUGUAUUUAAAUGGUACCUACCAAGAAAACUUUCAGAUAUCCACUACAGAUGAUUAUUUCUUCAUUUACGCUCGAUCACGACUAUCCGAACAACGGGGGAUAAACUUUGCAGACAUUAAUAUGACAAUCUUUCUAAGAAGAACACGUUACAACUUAUCAACCACCAAGAAAGAAUGUGUCUUAUCAACUACCGAUCAAUCUUCAUGCACUAUAGACUUUCCCUAUAGAGCCAACCUUAACAUCCUGCUAUCGUACAAGGUACCCUCAAGUGCGAAGAAGAUUGACGUGGUCACGACCUGUAUUCCUCGAGUAUGGGUCUAUUUGGUAUUUUUCAUUGGAUUACCGAUUGCUAUUGGGUUAAUUCUAUCAGCACUUAUACUGCUACUCUGCAAAGACAGGCCAAAGACAACAGAGAGUGGUAGCAUUACACCAUAUGAGAAAACAACUGAGAUUUAGAGAUUACACAAAUAAAACUAUUGUUCACAUCCCAGUGCUGAAACAAGUGGGUGCAUUGAGAUUUUGGCUUGCACCUGUUUGCACCAACAUAAAAAAAUGAAAAAAAAACGUCGGCAUAUUUUUGCCUUGACCAACCUUGAUCCUACACUUGAGGAAAUAUCUAGAAAAGAGUAGUGCAGCAUCAUACAAACUCAUAAAAGGAUAGAGAUCUACUUAACUUCUGUAUAUUCUUAGGUUCAAUACUGAACAUAUAUUUCAUUCUAUUGAGGUGAAAACCUGUGCAUCUUUCACAAUUGAUAUUCCACAAAAUCUGAAGGGCUAGUGUAAUAUCAUUGAGUAAAAGUGUUGCAGAUAUUCAGCAAAAAUAGAAUUAAAUAUUUGUU